UGACACAUUUUCGAAGUCUAGUUGCAAUUAUUGUCCGCGAAUUUAUUGCCCAAACUUUGGGUAAACAAAUUACGGAAGUUGAUGCUGAUGAUUUCAUGUGGUACUCGCAUACACUCAGAAAAACGAGCGCUUGUAAUGGUAUCAGAGAUACGGUACAAUGUAUUAUGUAUAUCUUAACUGGAAAACAUGCUAAAACACAGGACGUUGGGGAUUUACUUGCAAAAUGGAUCAUUAGAGUAUUACCGUUAACCAAAGUAUGUACGGCCCUUAAUUUAAAUUCAAAAUGUUUUACAGUAUUUUUAUUUUUAUAGAUGAUUUUUGGUGGUACUGUUAUUGAUAAACAAUUUACGCUAACAACUGAUGAAUCAUAUCCAUAUAAUAUUCAAAGACAUGGGUGGAAGACAAGAACACGCAACUCUGUAUUUGAUCCUCACGAAGCAACAUUGAGAGAUAUCGACUAUAUAUAUGACAAAUUUAAUUUUCCUGAAAACCCAUUGUCAAAUGCGGAACCCCCCAAACGUCGAAGAGAACAUAUUGACAAUAUGCAGUUGCUUUCACCACCCCGAAGGGUCAGAAGAUGCGGUAUCGAACAACUAACCGCUUCUAGCAGCUCUAUCCAUGAGAUACCGUACGAGGAUACCAAAACGGCUUGCUCGCAGUAUGUAGACAACAUAAGACAGAUUGAUUCGAGAUGCCAAGAGCAGAUUUAUGAAAGUAGACCAAUCCGGAGUAGAAUGUGUAAAGCAGUAUGUCCCCCUGUAGACAAUAGUACAACAACGGAUUUACCUUCCUGCAGCCAAGAGCAAAUAAGCAGAAGCCCGAUUGAUUCGAGAUGCCAAGAGCAGAUUUAUGAAAGUAGACCAAUCCGGAGUAGAAGGUGUAAAGCAGUAUGUCCCCCUGUAGACAAUAGUACAACGACGGAUGGACCUUCCUGCAGCCAAGAACAAAUAACUAAUAUACAAACACGACAAACAAGACCUCAACGAACACGGAGAAAACCACAAUUUCUAAAUGACUAUGAAUGCAAUUAA